CCCAAUAGGUAUAAACCCAUAGUCACUCAAAUUCCCUUCAAUUUUCUCUCUCUUAUUAUUCUCAAUCUGUGUUCUGUAUCUGAACUCAGCCAUGAGUGCAUCUUCUACUCCUUCACCCAACCAAAUCCUCUCUCUCUUCCGCUCCAUCCUACGCGUCGCACGAGACUUUCCCGAUUACAACAUCAGGGAAUACACCAAACGACGCACCAUCGAUGCGUUUCGGCAAAACGCCUCUCUCUCCGAUCCAUCUUCAAUUUCCUCCGCCUAUUCCCACGGCAAGUCUCAGCUCGCCGUCGUCAAACGGCAGGCCGUAGUGUACUCUCUCUACGCCUCUCCGCUCCGCAGCGUCAUGGAACUCCAGCAAGUUCCUUUCUAGUAACGGUUCUGAGAACUAAUUCGAGAGACUUGUGUUUUCAUAAUCUGUAAGGAAGUGAAGAUCUUUUCAGGUCUCAACCUAGAGUUGCUCUUUAAUUUCCCGCAGUCAUCUUUUAGGACAACUUCAUGCGUAUUUUUCAAAAUUUGAGUGGUGCUUUUCUAUAAUAAAUGGAAAAUCGUUUCCUAGGGUUUAGAAGGGACGGAUUAGUGUGAAAAUUUGAUAAUUUUUUGUUUGAUGGUGAUAUCAAUUUGGUGAAAUGCUUCAGAGUUGAUCUUUUUGAGCUCUUGUUAAUAAUCAAGUUGUCAUGCCUCAUUAUUA